AUGCCAGAUCCAGAUGCGGAGGUGAUUGCUUUGUCCCCAAAGACUCUCAUGGCCACGAAUCGAUUUGUAUGCGAAAUUUGCAAUAAAGGGUUUCAACGAGACCAGAAUCUACAGCUCCAUCGUAGGGGUCACAAUCUUCCAUGGAAGCUCAGACAGAGGUCAAGUAAAGAGGUAAGGAAGCGAGUGUAUGUGUGUCCUGAGCCAACCUGUGUUCAUCACGAUUCUUCGCGAGCAUUGGGCGAUCUCACGGGGAUCAAGAAGCAUUUCUGCAGAAAACAUGGCGAGAAGAAGUGGAAGUGCGACAAGUGUUCGAAGAAAUACGCAGUUCAGUCUGAUUGGAAGGCUCACUCGAAGAUUUGUGGAACCAAAGAGUAUAGAUGUGAUUGUGGGACUUUAUUCUCAAGGAGGGAUAGCUUUAUCACACACAGGGCGUUUUGUGAUGCAUUAGCAGAGGAGGCUGCAAGAGCACAGCCAGUGGUGGCACCUCCAACUGCAGAUGAGGACCCUAAACAACAGGCGGUUGCACCACCACCACCACCACCACCACCACCACCACCACAACCGUCAGCACCACCACAGGAAAUUCCUCAGUCAACUGCUGUGAUAUCUUCGGAUUUGUCAAUUCAAAGCCCAGAAUUGCCAGACAAUCCCAAUCCCAAUCCUAAUGCUACGCAGAUGUUAGAGGGUACACCCGUGGCAACUGGCUUAGCUGUAAGCUGUAGCAAUAACAGUAGCUCAAGCAGCCAUGGAAGUACCAGUAGCACUGUGUUUGCAAGCUUGUUUGCUUCAUCAACAACUUCAGGAAGUUCACAGCUUCAAUCAACUGGAUUUACUAACUUAAUUCGAUCCAUGGCUCAUCCUGACCACACACUGGGCCUGGCUCCAUCGUUGUCUAUGGAACCCAUAUCUCUUUGCCUUGCAACAAAUCAAGGGUCAUCAAUUUUUGGGACUGCAGGGCAAGAGCGUCGGCAGUACGCACCUCCACCACAGCCAGCAAUGUCUGCAACAGCACUGUUACAGAAGGCCGCACAGAUGGGUGCAGGAGCAACAAAUGCAUCAUUGUUGAGGGGGUUUGGAAUUGUCUCAUCUUCUUCAUCUUCUGUAGGGAAGCAAGAGUGGAAUGGGAGACAAAUUGAGCCGGAGGAUGCAUCAUUGGCAGCAGGGCUUGGCCUUGGGCUGCCCAGUGAUGGGGAGUCUGGUUUGAAGGAAUUGAUGAUGGGGACUCCCUCGGUGUUUGGUCCCAAGCAUACCCUUGAUCUUUUUGGGUUGGGGAUGGCUGCUGGUGGUGGUCCAACUGAACUAUCGGCACUAAUGACCACAAUCAGUGGUGGCGUUGAUGUUGCUGCAGCUGCAGCAUUUGGUGGUGGAGAAUUCACCGGCAAAGCCAUUGGAAGGAAUUCAUGA